CCUCUCCUGCUUGUCAUUGACUGUGUCCGCUGGGAAAACCCGGGGGAACAUAAAUGUGCAAAAUAGUAGUGCUAAUAACACACUGGAAGACCAGAUCCAGCAAUGGUAACUAACAUGGGUGGAUCCGGCGCUGCUGCCAGCUGAAUCUUACCGUAACUAUAUUCUCAUGACUAAGGACGCUGAAUUUCGAUUUUGCUCCAACUCUGCCUGCCCCCAUCAAACAUGUAACAGUGGGAUAAUAACGUGGGUCGUAUCCAACGAUCAUAGAGCGGAACUUCGUGGUCGUAUCUUCAUGCCUCUCAGUAUCAAAAUAUUAGAUGAACGGGCAGUUCAAACCAAAGAUUAUAGAGGAUCUUUGGUUCAAACCAACGAUGACUAUGUGAAACUUGCAUAUCAUCAAAAGAAGAGAAAGAGCGUUGCAUAUGGGAAAUAUAUUACUGCUGCUCGAACACACGACAAUGAAACAUUCUUGACUUUGACAUUACAGAGGAGUUUUAGAAUUGCUCACAAUCCGGAACCACAAUCCAGGAGGUGGAUGCGUCGGAGGACUUUAUUGGGCGGCGCACAGAUCUGGAGUGGACGUGACGGCGCGGGGAGUUUGGCGCCAAGUGGUUUGGAACGGCGGGCGGUUGGCGUCGGGAGGCGAUGGCGGACGUUGUGGAUGUUCCGCGCACGCGGGUCAGCGCGGGGCUGGUGCCGGAGUUCCAGGGCAGAGCCGUCUGUCUGGUGGGGCGCGUACACAAGAUUCACCCCACUGGAACCUCGUUUAUUCUAACAGAUGGAGAUGGGAAAAAUGUAACAGUGGAAAUGACACAUCCACUUGAUGAAGAAUUGAGUGGCGUUGUUGAAGUUGUUGGAAAGGUUACACAGAAAGCCACUAUUAAAGCUGCUUACUACACUCCUUUCCGAGAAGACAAGAACAGUUUUGAUCUUGAACUUUACCACGAAGCAGUGUGCAUUCUGCAUGAAUUCUCACAGUAUUAUCCAUUUGGUAUUACAGGAGACAGCUGAUUCUUCAGUUUAUUAGUGUGACGAGUAGUUACUACACCGAUCUUUAUUGAUUAAUUCUGUAUUACGUGUUAAAACGUGUAGACAUUAGUUUUGAAUAAAAUGUAAAGUUGCUCGUUUCUUUAA